AUGGAUAAACCAGAGGUUACCAUAAAAGACGUCUACAUACUUAUAAAAGAGGUAAAUGUAAAUCUUAGUCAGAGAAUCGAGAGAAUUGAAGAAGUUACAAACAAUUUAUCAACGGCUAUAUACGCAGAGGUUGAAACUGUCAAAACUAAAGUACACUAUCUUGAAGAAGAAAAUAAAGAACUGAAAAACCUAUUGUCUAAGAUAGAGAAAAAGACUGUCGCUAACAACCUGAUAUUUUACGGUAUACUCGAAGAUCCUGAAGAUCUCCCAGAAAAUCUAGAGGAGAAAAUUAGAGAACUGGUAGUAAACAAAUUGAAGGUUUCUCUGGAAAAGACAGAAAUAAAUAAUAUAUUCAGAUUGGGAAAACGAAGCAACCAUACAAGACCAAUCCUACUAUCCCUCACAACCUACCUUAAAAAACGGGAAAUACUGAAAAACUGCUCGAAACUGAAAGGAAGCAAGAUAUUUGUGAGUGAGGAGUUGCUUAAGGAAGAAUUGAAAGAAAGAAAGAUAUUACUAGAAGGAUUGAAAGAGGCGAGAAAUAACUCUCAGAAAGCAAAUAUAAAGGGAAAUAAACUGAUUGUAGAAGACAAGAUAUACUCAGUUGCCGAAGUGAAAAAUACCCUCAGAAAUCCUAAAGACGAUUUUUCCAAUAUAUCAACAAGAGAGACUUCAAGUGAACCACCCACACCCUCCCCGAAGAAAUACGAAAUAGAGGAAGAAAUUAUAAUACCAACACAACCAUCACAGGUCGAAACCAAAUUAGCAGAAGGAUCCAAGUACAGGAACGAAGAAAGAGUUGGGAGAGAAAAACAGAAAAUCAACGUGGGCAAUAAAAAAAAUCUCUGGAAUAUAGUGCAGGAUAUCAGUGGCAAGAAACAAUCAGACAAACAAAUACAGGGUAUAAAAGAUGAAAAUGGUGAAUUACUGAACGAAAAUAUAGAUAUUGCGAACGAGUUCAAUAAUACAUUCAUUGAAACUGGUAAAAAACUUGCUGAAAAAAUCAAAAGAAAUCCGAAAUUCAAAUCAAACACUAAAAGACUAACAAAUUCCAUAGUUAUCCUUCCUACCGACCCGGCUGAGUUGAAGGAUCUUAUUAAUGACCUGAAAAACAAAAAAUCUGUAGGUGAAGACCAAAUUCGAGCUGAAACACUAAAACAAAUUGCAGGCAACAUCGUAAUCCCUCUUGCUUAUAUCUUGAAUCGAUGUAUAGAUAAGGCAAUAUGGCCAACUUGUUUCAAAAACUCAGUUGUCAUUCCAAUACAUAAAAAUGGGGAUAAAUCCGCUGUUUCCAAUUAUAGGCCCAUUUCACUGAUAACGAAUCUAUCAAAAGUAUUCGAAAAAUUAUUAAAAGAAAGACUUAUAUCUUUCAUAAAUAAAUACGGCCUGUUUUCUCCCAGACAAUUUGGCUUUAGAGAAAAAAUUUCCACAGAAGAUGCUGUACUACAUAUCACAGAGAAAAUACACCAAGCUCUUGAAAUGGGAAAUCCAUGUUUAUGCUUAUUCAUCGACCUAAAAAAGGCAUUCGAUACUGUCAGCCAUAAACUGCUCUUGGAGACAUUAGAAAACAUUGGAAUAAGAGGAAAUGGUAAUAAGCUCAUGGAGAGCUAUUUGGAUAAAAGGACCCAGAGAGUAAAAAUUGGUGAUGUCUCAAGUGACUCAAAAAUCAUAGAGUAUGGAAUACCCCAAGGAACAGUCCUAGGACCAGUGUUAUUCAACUUGUAUGUAAAUGAGCUGUUCUCAGUUGCUAGUAAAGGUGACAUCAUAGGAUAUGCUGAUGACACUGUUAUUUUUUAUCAGGCCCCCACGUGGCAAGAAAUAAAAAGUACUGCAGAAAAAGACUUCGAAUUUGUCAAAGAUUGGUUUGAUGACAAAUUAUUAACAGGUAUUGUCAAAGGCCCCUCCGAUAUCACCGAACAUUGCAAGCAGAAUCUCCUCUGCGUUGAGGGUGCCUUCCACCUCUCUAAGAAGAUGAUGAAGGGCGUCUACAGUAGAUCUACCCGCCCUAUAAGCAAACUGUUUGCUGUGGAGCUUUAA